AUGGCGCAUCUCGACAUUGCCAGCAACAAUCCCUGGGGCGCCAUGGACGAAGGAAGCUCGCCGUGGGAUGGUAAGCUCGACAGAAUAAUACACAAUUGCACAGCCAAAGUACAGCACUGAAAUCACUACAGACGUCCCCUCGCGCUCGCCCUCCAACCACAACCUUCCCACACAGGCUGAAGACGCCCAAUCCGCUGCCGGUAUGCUACACCUGACGGAAACAUCCCUCUGCGCAUCGCAUGGCCUGCCCUGACAAGAAGCAGCAGAGCAGUCGCCGCCUUCCAAGCUCUCCCAGUCCACACCGAACCUCGCUGGCGCCAGACCAGCUCCCUCCAAAUCACGCGGUCCCCGACGAUACGGCAACCUCACGCAGUCCACCACGCUCGAAAGCCUCGACAAUGAUUCCAUGGGUCCUCUUGGGCCGCUUGGCCUCGAGCCAGCAGACGAGCCGGCAGCGCCCAUGCCACCCGUGAAAGAGCUAGCAUCGAGAACCAGACAGACUACCGCUUCAAGGCCGUCCACCUCUGCCUCUGCUGUGUCUUCCACUCGCAGUGCCGAAUACGACGACGAUGCUUCCUCCUUGAAUGGUGGUCCUCGCGUACCGCCUCCAGUACAACCCCAUGAUGGAAGGACGAGGCAAGCGCAACCUUCAAUGCCGGUAGACCAAGCAGCGAAGCCCACCUUCAACAUCACAGUCGGCGACCCUCACACAGUGGGCAAUGCCGCGAGUAGCCAUACCGUGUACGCUGUCAUCACAAAGACAACAUCCAAAGCGUACAUUAAUCCUACUUUCACUGUGCAGAGGCGAUACCGCGACUUCCUCUGGCUAUACGAGAGACUGCACGAUAACAAUCCUGGAGUAGUCGUGCCGCCUCCGCCGGAGAAGCAGGCCAUGGGCAGAUUCGAUGCCAACUUCAUCGAGUCGCGACGUAUGGCGCUGGAACGUAUGAUCAACAAGACUGCUGCACAUCCGGUCCUCCAGAUGGACGGAGACCUCAAGACGUUCCUGGAGAGCGAAUCGUUCAAUGUCGCAAUCAAGCACUCGAACGGGAAAGAUCCUCUACUUGGCAACACAGAGUCGAAGGGCUUCAUGAGCUCGAUAGGCAUCGGCAGCUCGACUGGCGGCAAAUUCAUUGAACAUGAUGACUGGUUUCACGAUCGACGGAUAUAUCUGGACGCUUUGGAGAAUCAGCUCAAGGCACUGCAGAAGAGUACGGACACGGUGGUUUCCCAGCGAAAGCAUUUGUCUGACUCAUGCGGCGAGUUCAGCAUAUCCCUACACAACCUUGCAGCCGUCGAGCUGUCGCCGAGUUUAUCUGGACCCUUGGACUCGCUUGGAGAUCUUCAAUUGCGCAUCCAGGAGCUGUAUCAACGGCAAGCCAUGCAAGAUAUGUUGACUAUCGGCAUUGUCAUUGACGAGUAUAUCCGCUUGAUUGGCUCGGUGAAGAAAGCCUUCGAACAGCGCCAGAAGGCAUAUCACUCAUGGCACUCAGCAGAAGCCAAACAUCAGGAGAUCAAGAAACAGCAGGACAAGCUUCUCCGGUCCGGACGGUCUCAGCAGGACCGCAUGGGUCAGAUGCAGGCAGAUGUUGCAGAUGCGGAGAGACGAGUGCACGCGAGUCGACUGCUAUUCGAAGACAUGGGCCGCCUGAUGAGAGGCGAGUUGGACCGGUUCGAAAAAGAAAAGGUGGAAGACUUCAAGAGUGGUGUGGAGACGUUUCUGGAAAGCGCGAUCGAGGCACAGAAGGAGGUGAGAAGUCUUCAUCCAUUUGAGACGCUCAAGAGGAUGCUAACAACAGUACUCAGCUCAUCGAACUCUGGGAGACUUAUUUGCUGCAGCUCGACAGUGACGAAGACGGCCCGCCACUGAUGCCAGCCGGCGUGGUGGCCGAAUCGGAUGCGCAAAACAAGCAACACGCCGAGACAGCGCCUCUGGAAUCUCAGCAACCGGAUGACCACGCGGCUCACACGGAUCCACGGUUGUCAGGCACCACCGCCCGAGACAGUGAGGAUAUCAUGCGAGGUGGUGAAGAUACCAGUGUCUUCGAGGAAGCAGCACGCGCGAUAGCCGCUCAUGGCUCCGACGAGACGGACUCUUAG